UGGAUGUUCAACAAUCCAAUGUUUCUUUACAUGUUAAUCUUCUUGGCGUAUCGCAGCAGCAGACGGAUACCACAGAAACAGAGGUUAAAACUUCAAAUAGUGAAUGCAGUGUUCACAGUAAUUGUUCUGGUCCCUCAGCUCUACGUGAUGGGAAGUCCCAAAUCCUCAAGAUACUGCCGGCAGCCUCUUCUGAACAACCUAUCGGCCUCUGUUGCCUUGUCCCUCGUUGCUUCAGGAUUUUCGGUGGCAUUCACAUUGAUAGACCCAGCUCCUCAAAGUUUUUGGGCCUUUUAUCAUGUGUUCGGGCUGUUUUCAUGUGGACAUGGAUUAUGCACUGCCAUUCUAACUCUCACUGCAGCAUCAUGUGCUAAAACCACUCCAGAGCUGUACUACGUAUCCCUAACUCUUACAGUCGCCUCUAUUUUCAGUGCAGGUUUCUUCAUGGUGAGAGGAGGAUUGCAGUUAACCAACAGGCGGUCUGUGACUGAGACGAGCGGAAACAACGAGGGCUAAAACGGUCCAGCUGUCCCCACACCGACACCUAAUACUGCACGUUUAAACUAUUCAUGAGGUUUCUGUACCAGCAGCAGCUGCUCUCUAUAAACCAUGAAGAAAAGCAGCGAGUUCAUCCAUCUCACGUUUUAUAAGCUUCCUGCAGAAAAGCAGAUGUUUUGUCCAGUGUACCAUUUCAUGAAGCCAUUGAUCCAAGUAGGCUAAUGAAUAUGUAGUUUACACAUUAGAGUAAACUAUAUAUUGUAUAACA